AUUUUUGAAGAUUCGAGCUGGUACAAGGCGGGAAUUACAAGGCGGGAAUUCCAUGAAUACUUUUGCUCCUUGUCUGCAGCUUGGGCAAUAUGCCUCCCAAGCCCGCUGUCCGAGGAGAAUAUAUCGAAACUGAAACGGGCAACAAGAUCAGCCGCCAUGCUGUAAUUCUGGGGCCUAAACACAUCAUCCUAGCCGGCAAAUGUGUGGUUCAGAAAGACGUCCUGAUCCACGGUGACCUUGUUCGUCCGGCACAGCCAAAACCACCAGCACAGUCGGGCGACCAGAAAGCUCCCACUCAGGAAAAUACUUCUAUCCAUCUUGGUCGAUACGUCUUCGUGAGCCCCGGCUGCACUCUACACCCUCCUUCUCGCUUGACCACAGUCGUCGAUCCCAACGGCGGUCAACCUCAGCAGGUCAUGCAAUACCUUGCCCUCCGAAUCUCUGACCAUGUCUAUAUCGGUCCCAAUACCCAGGUUCGCGCCGCCGAAAUCAAGAGUAAUGUUCAUAUCGGUGCCAAUUGUGUAAUUGGGAACAUGGUCAUGAUUAAAGACAAUGUCAAGAUCCUCGAUGGGACUGUCCUCCCUGCAAACUCCAUUUGGGCUCCUGGAAGUAUCGUCGCAGGUGCACCAGGAAGAGUCAUUGGGGAGGUCGGUGAGGGUUGGGCUAGCAGCACUACCACUGGAUCGACCGUCGACGAAGGUGUGGGGGUCAAGAGUCGAGAACGAUGGGCUGCUGUUGGCAAUAAGCGAUGAACUAAUAUCACACCUAACUGGGGAGAAAAGACCACACAACUUCGUCUAUCAUGGUAGAUCAGAGGAUUUCUAUAUUGUUGACCACAUAUGCAUGCUUCCAGACCCACGAAAUCUUUACUACCCUCCCAGGCAUCAGAUUGCUUGAAAUGGAAGCGGGACCGGCCUUCUUCGACAUGAAGAUGUUUUCCUGAAGCCUUAUCACGAUCGCCUGUUGAUUCGGCCAAACGGAUUCAAUCAAGACCUGCCACGAACAGCGCUCUCGUCAUCCGCAGACCAACUCCAUCGACGUUCUUUAUCAUUCGAGCAUGGAGAUACGACAGUGUCUUCAGCAAUUCGCCUUAGGCUUGACUGGCCAACCCGUGACGAUUGUGGCGAGACAAGUACAUCUUGGGCCUCUUGAUUGCUCGUAUCAAGUUCGACUAUUUCAGACUGAGAUGUAUUGGAUGGCGUCUUGCCGGACUCCUUGACACUAUGUGCGGGCAACUCGAACUGCUCACUUUGGCCGAUAUGAUCGUCAAAUUUAUUGUGGAACAGAGGAUGAACUCUUGCAGCCUUGGACGGACAAACUUGAUGCAUGCUUGAUGUCGACCAACCGAGCCGUCAUUACUUCUCCCACAGAUGCCUCGAGGCUGUAGCAGCUCAAAUCCUGGACCAGGUCUUGCUUUGAACUCUGUAGGGCCACAUUUGGAAGCUGAGAUGCACUCUCUAAAGAGGUUGCCCCGCCGAAUACAUUUGUUGUUGAUUCUGUGGCGUUGGUUUUGGUUGUGGUGGAAGUAUUUUCUUCAGCUGAGUCCUCGAGGAUACCGUGUCGUCCUACGACUGCUCUAGGAAGAGGUGGAGGCCGCCCUGAAUCUGUGAAGACCAAAGUACCAGGGUGCAUCGACAUGGUGUGACCAGAGUUCACGAUGCCAGUUCGAAUAGAUGACUUUCGAGGAGUAAUUUGCGGCAUGCUAUGCUUUCCGAGACCACUCUCGGCCGCACUGGGAGUAACAGUCGACCGUCUCCUGGCGCCAAACACACCGUUCCAUACCCCCGGCGGUGACCGGUCAUGACAACUUCCCACGCCAGGCGACGGCAAUCCCUGAGCGACUGAGUUGGAGUACCGAUUAUCGAUUUCUUCAUUUCGUUGCUUACGCCAGGCUUUGCUCUCCCUCCAGUAUUUGAUCCCUGAAUAUGUGCCCACGACUGCCAGGAUUCCAAUGAUGGUAUACAAAGUGAUCAGAGCUGGAUGGUCCAUGACGAAGCAUCAAUCCAGUGAUUUGGCCAACAAACGCUAUUUUGGAUGCUCACUUUGAGGUGACUGAAAGGAGCAUCCAGCUUUGAUAAAUGGAUGAACGACAAGAUACGCAUCAUGGAUGACCACGCUAGUAGUCCGGCACGAUGGUUGUAGCCACAAAAGGCAAUUUGAAUACUGUCUCUAAGAUAUUCAACGGUACAUGCUCCAGCUAUCGACUAUUUUACCUAACCUUGGUCCAACAAUUGGCUCUGUUUCUCAGCCUGUACAUCUGGGCGACGCUCACAACUGACGAU